AUGCGCCCUUUAUCGAAUUAUUCGACGAGUCAGCCCCUGAGCGUCAUUAGCAUACGGCUUGGGGGUUGCCGGAGCCUCGCCCCUCGCGUGAAGCGGAGCAGAACCGGCGAGGAGUGCGCUCAAUGGCUAGGGGCCGGGGCUGGGGGCCUCCCUCCCCGACGGGCCGGCUCUGCCCUGCAUACAAACCGAGCGCUGGCGAGCCAGCGGGCGGGAAGGACGGAGCUCAACCCCGCCAACCUCUGCACUAGCCCUGGCUCGGCCAUUCCCGCCUGCGCCUCCCCAACUUCCCGGAGUGGACUAAUCCGCCGCGCUCGCCCAGCCCGAACGUGCCGCGCGCGGGGCGGAUCCGGCCAGCUGGGGUGUGCAGUCCUGUACGCCUCGGUCGGGGAGAGGCAGGGAGUGGUCUGCUCCGAGCCCCGGGGCAGCCCCAGCGGGAUUUAUGCGCCUUCCAGGUCCCAGGCGACGCGGCGCGGUCAAGAAAACCGCCCGGAUUUCUCCAACCCGGUUGUGCGCACCCAGAACAGCGGCCCCGUAGAGGCCGCGGCGCCAUUUUAA